GGAAAAGUGAAAGGUCGUCUAGGCCACUGCGCGAGCCACACGUUAUUCCUGGACAUUGCCGCGUUUUGUGUGCAAGAACGAACUCAGGCUUUAAGUCGUUCGUACGUACGGUGGUCGCGUCAUUUCAUUCAUAGAGUUUUGCUGAAGCAGGUGAAAAGAAAGGUGUGAGUCGUUCGAGAACGAAAUUUGUGCAUCACAGCAGUGUAGAAGUUUAUACAGAAAUGUCAGAAUCAGACCUCUUAGCUAGCGAUCACAUUGAUGGUCUUGAUGGUCUUGAAAAUGGCCAAGAUGGAGAUGCUAUUAUGCAGUGUGAUGGUGUAAAGCGUGAAAUAAAUGAAGCAAAUGUUGAUGAUCCUGAGUUGGAGGCUAUAAAAGCAAGAGUCAGAGAAAUGGAAGAGGAAGCUGAAAAAUUAAAGCAACUUCAAUCUGAGGUGGAUAAACAGAUGAACAUGGGUAGCCCACCUGGUAUCACAAGUCCCUUAAAUAUGUCCUUGGAGGACAAAAUGGAAGUUGAUAACAGAUCUAUUUAUGUUGGCAAUGUUGACUAUGGUGCCACAGCAGAAGAAUUGGAACAACACUUCCAUGGCUGUGGCAGUGUCAACAGAGUGACAAUUCUCUGUAAUAAAUUUGAUGGUCACCCUAAAGGUUUUGCUUACAUUGAAUUUGCUGAGCGUGAUUCUGUACAAACUGCAAUGGCUAUGGACGAGUCUAUGUUCAGAGGACGUCAAAUUAAAGUAAUGCCGAAGAGAACAAAUAAACCUGGUUUCUCUAUGACAAACAGGGGUCCCAGAGGUGCACGAGGUUAUCGAGGUAUGACUAGAGGAAUUAUUCGCGGUAGUGCAUAUUUUGGAUAUAGACCUACAAGGCGGCCUAGAACUUACAGACGCGGAUAUUAUAUGCCAUAUUGACCAUUUUAAAGUACGGCAACAUUCUACAAAUGUCAAG